AUGUUGCAUGAUGCAGCUGAGCAUAACAGGGUUGACGUAGUCAAGUAUCUUUGUGAAGAGUCAUUCCUCGGGGUGAAAAAGUAUCUGUUAGACAAAGAAAAUGUAUGGGAGUCUAUCCCUUUUAGCGGUGCUGCUUCAGGAAAUGCAGUGGAAAUAAUGACAAUUCUUUUAGAGUACGGUGAAAAGAUGGGUAUUGAAGCGAAGUUGAUGAUUAUGUAUCAAAACAAAUACGGCUGGUCACCUCUUCAUCACACCGCCAUUAGAGGACAUUUCGAGGCAACGAAAUUCCUGUGUGAUUAUGUAAAUAAUUCGGAAAUUUUGAAUCUUAAAGCUGAUUUGGCGAACCUGGCUAUCCAUUUUGCUGCUGUCGGAGGACACAAUGAGGUUAUAAAAAUCAUGCUUACGCUGGCCGAUAAGACUGCAACCCUCCUAAUCAAUCGAAAAAACGGAAAGGCUACAACCCCGUUACAUGAAGCAGCAGCAAGCGGCAAACCAGAAACAGUCCGGCUGUUCUUAGAAAAUCCACAAGUCAGUUUGACCACGAAGUCAUUUAACGGCGAAACAGUUUUGCAUGCAGCUAUAAGGUCAGGUAACCUGGAGUGUCUGAAGGAAUUCAACAAAGUUAAAGACAAAUUGUUUUUACCCUUAGAUAUUGCAACAAAAAAAUGGGAGUACACUCCUCUUCAUCUGGCUAUUGCAUUGCAGGAACCUGAAAUGGCUCUUGAAUGUUUGGAUAUGGAAGACGGAGCGGAAGAUAAGAAACGCUCAGUAAUAAAUGUGUCUGAGAAGAGAGGUUAUACUCCGCUUGCCCAAGCUGCCAUUUAUGGAAACAAGAAAGUUGUGGACAAAAUCAUGAGUAGAAAUCGGGUGACAUCAUAUAACAAGCAUUUCCGAUGCAAUAUCAAAAAAGAAAAGACUGAUGGAAAGAAGUUUACUAGGGAGCAAAAAACCAAAAAAAAGAACUCUGAUGGAAAAUUUGCUUGGACUGUAAAAAGUGGAGAAAAACAGUUUCUUGCAGAAAAUGAGUGUCCGAUAAAAUAUCAUCCAAGACCAAAACAAAAAAAACUACUUGAUGAUAGAUCUCCGAUAAAUUGUCUCAUUCUUAAAAACCCUGAUAAGGUGAUUGAUACCCUAAACAAUUGUUGGACUGAUCACGUCUAUGAUGAUGAUGAACGAAAGACAAAUAUACAAAGAAUACUUGACAAAGGCAUGAGUUUUCUACAAGCGGCAGAUGAAGAAAGAAAGGCAUCCAAUUUGAGAGUUAUCGUUGACUUUGGCAUGUUGGAAAAGUACGGAAGACCUGAAGAUAAUGAAAAUAAUGGUAAAGAAGAAGACCUCCUCAAAGCAGUUGGUCCGAAGUAUGAACCCUUCGCUUACGCUGCUAAUAAGUGUCCGCUCCAAAUAAUGCGAAGGUCCAAGAAAGCUGUUGAAAUGUUGACUCAUCCUGUGGUUAAAUCCCUAGUUGAUAUCAAGUGGAACAACUUCGGUUUCAAAUUUUUUGUCAUCUUUGGCUUCAUCCACUUUCUCUUUCUGUCCCUUCUAACUGGAUUUACGUUCAAAAUGCAUUAUGAUAUCUUCAAGAAUUCUACAUGGGAAUGUAAAAGCCCUUACGGCGUUCAAAUGCUCUCAGAUCCUGACAACUGCUUUAUAACCAUAUCUAAAAAGACGGAAGAGGCGGAAAAGUUAGGAUAUGUUUUACUAGCGCUGACAGCCUUCCUAUCAAUCUUCCAGCUUUUGCACAUCUGGUCGAACAAGAACUUGGGCAUCAUCAGAUACCAUAAAGAAAAACUGUACUUGGCCAAGGACCUGUCUUACAUCCUCACCUUGAUAUUUGUGUGCUCAUCUCUCUUCUUAAUGGAGGACAGGAUCUCUACCGCACUUUGGCAGACUGGCGUGGCGGCAAAUGUUUUUGCUUUCAUAACCAUUUUGAUAUACAUGCAAGCUGUGCACUUCCUCAAACUUGGGCUGCACAUAAUCAUGUUCCAAAAGAUUGUGGUUAACUUCUUUAAAAGUAUAGGCAUUCUCUUUGUUCUCCUCAUCAUAGCUUUUGUGUGUGCAUUUAGCGUUCUCUCCGUAGGAAUUGAUGGCAAUUCCUACUUCGCAGGGUUAGGCUCGUGGUCGCCCUACUACAAAACCUUUACAAUGGGGGUGUCUGGGGCGUCCUAUUCCGAUUAUGAUACUGGAAAUGACCAAGCCAUCCUGCAACUCAACGGCUAUGUUUUGGUAUUGAUUUUAUUUUCUGUCGUGAUUCAGAUUCUGUUCUUGAAUCUUGCCACAGGAUUAGCUAUUGAUGAUGUACAGGAAAUCAAAGCGAGUUCUAAAGCAGAGAUGAAUGGCAUAAAGAUUUGGCAUAUUUACAAGUAUGAGCAGUUACUGUUGGGCUCUUGGGGGAUUUUUCUCCUGCGGGCGGAAUAAGCGGUUGUUCUUUCACCCCUUUCUUUGUUGGAGACUUACGACAGUUUGUGAGCAUUUCAAAGUAUGAAUUCAACAAAGAAUGUAGCACAGAG